AUGUCCCCUAUCCUAACCUUAACUCAAAAGGAAAAUCCUCAGAGAGUAUUACGCCAAAUGAUGAAUCUUUGCAGACACAUCUAUUCAAGGGGUUUAGUUGACGGAAGUGGUAGCGAUGUAACUAUUAAAGCAUUUGGCAAAGAUUAUCUUUUACAUAGAAUAAUACUUUAUCAAAACCCAUAUUUUUCUGUUUUAUUAGAAGGUCCUUGGAAAGAGAGUGGUCAAAAGGCCAUUGAACUUAAAUUUGAUGAUGUAAAUAUUACUCGUGAAGCAUUUGAAAUAGCUUUAGGUCGUUUGUAUGGUAGAUUAGAUGAAUAUAUAUUACCCAAUCGGGUUCUAAACUUACUUGCCACAGCUUCUUUUCUUGAUCUGCAAGAUUUAUGUGAAAUGUGUGUGGAAGUUAUACUACGUGACAUUAAAGAUGACACCGUUGUACAUUAUCUUACUUUUGCUACAACCCAUUUUUAUGGAAGUCAUUCUGAAAAAAUUACUGAAUCUUGUUUUACUUACCUUUGUAGAGAAGGUUAUGAUAAUAAUAAAUUGAAGGCUGCUUUUUUGACAUUACCAGUUGAAUGGUUAAAGAAAAUAAUCGAGAGUGACGCGUUUUGGGUUCCUUCUGAAUAUGAAAGAUAUUUAUUUACUAGAGAUAUCGUUAGUAAAAGAAGACAGCAGCAACAGCAACAGCAACAAAGUAAUCCAGAACCAAAAAAAAGAAAUAAUUCAAUAAACUCAAUAAAUUCAAUAAACUCAUUUGAUGAUUUAAAUCAAUACAGUUCACAAGAUUAUAAAGAUUAUAACGAUCAAUCAGUUGACAUCUCAAAUCCAACGACUCCAACAACUCCAACAAAUAAAAUAAAAAAACUAAUUGAUAACACAUUUAAUUAUCAUACCAGAAGACCAAGCACAAUAACAACUCCGUAUUCGACAACUUAUUCAAUUGAUAAUUACGAUGAAUUUAUUUAUAAUGCAAUAUUUACAUAUGCAAUUUACUAUGCUCACAUGACUUUUGAAGAAUUGAAUUUUAUUCUACGAGAUCGUGAUACUGUAAACAAUAAUGCACCAUUUGCUCCAGAUUAUGUAGCAAAGGAUGCUUUAUGGCAGCAAAUAGAUUUGCGUAAUAAAAUAGAAAACACUUCGGAGACAGAUUUAACAAUAGGGAUUUCCUCUUCAGAGAUUCCAUCGAGCUCGACGGGUGUACACUUUGAAAUUCCAUCAGACGAUACAACUCAUAUAGGAGAAGCUGUAACUGGGUUAGAAGAUAUGAUUGGCAGCAAUGGCAGUAGCGUUAAUGGCAAAGGUGGUGCUUCUAAAGCAAUUAAAGAUGGUGAAGGUAGAAGAAGCGUUGAAUAUUCAUUAUUUGCUCCUUUUAGGUUCAGUGUUGAAUUUACGGAUGUUGCAAAAUUAAAAGAAAAACAACGGGUUUAUUCAGCAACAAAAUUCUAUGCCGGGUCUAAUUGGAAUAUGUAUAUUCAAAAAAUAAAAACUCCUCGUAAAGGCAUACAACUUGGAGUAUAUCUUCAUCGUCAUUCAAUGCCUGAUAUGUCAUCAUCAUGUGUUAAUUCAUCAUCGUUAAAUUCAUCAUCGUUAAACUCAUCAUCACCAACAAAAAACUCACAAACUUUGCCUGGGUCAGAAGAACGUUUUAAUAAUAACACGGCGAAAUCAAUACCACGUCCAAAUAUCAAUAAUAAAAAUAACGAAAGAACCUUUUCUAAAUAUGCAGACAAAAGAGAAAAUGUUAGAACUUGGUUUAAAAUAUUUUGCCCAUCAAGAGGGCCAAGUCAUGUAUUAACACAAUUUCAAAGCAGUCCAGAUAACUUUGCUUUGAUGCAAAGUUGGGGCUGGCGUAGUUCGAGUCUUUGUCAGGAUGAUUAUCUUAUGGAUGUGCGUGAUUAUGAUAACUCGUCUUCGAUUUCAAAUGCAUCUUCUACAUUAAAAUUUUCGGUGGUUAUGGGACACGUAUAA